AUGACCCGUAGAGUCUACGCACAAGGGCCCGUGGGCCAAGGCCAAGGUGCUCAGAACCAUGUCACUCCCGAGUCCCAAGACCUCAAUGCACACUCCCAUCCCGCCCGCAACCAAUCAUCAGCACGGCGACCGGCCUGGGAGACUCUUCUUGUGGUGCAUCCGCGCUCCAAACUGAAAACGCAUCUGGUCCCCGCCGCCCACGGCCACGCUUUCGAGGUCAAGGCCUCGUCUCAUUUCCGCAUCGUCGAUCUCCACGGCCAGCAGGUGGUCGACUUCAUGGCUUGGACACUGCCUUACUCCCCCGCCACAAACCCCGAGCAUUUUUCCACGAGCUACACGCGAUACGCCCUGGGAGGGUCCGCAUCUCCCCAGGUAGGCGAGGCGCUCUACACGAAUCGGGACCGAAAAAUGUUUACCAUAGUUGCGGACAUGGUCAAGACCCACGACUUACUCUUCAUGGCUUGCAACCCGGGGUUUUAUGCGCGCCACGGCCGCCCUGUCCAUCGCUCCUGUGCCACCAAUGUCGCAGAAGCGAUGAAGCCCUGGGGCAUGAAGCACUGGAGCGAAGUAGUUGACCCGUUCAAUGUCUUCCAGAACACCCCCUACUACACAAUCAAGGCGCUCAAUUGCUCCAGGCCAGGCGACUUCCUGGAAAUGCGGGCGGAGGUGGAUGCGGUGUGCGCGGUGAGCAGCUGCCCGUUUGAAGAAGACGGGUUCAAUGGCGGAAGAGCCACGGACAUCGCUGUGGUGACCGAGGUCGACGAUGAGGAUGAGCAAGAGGAAGAUUGA